AUGGCAGAUGCUGAUGCUGUGCUUCCCCGAAAGAAAUCCGAAAUCGAGCUCAUGCGACAGAUUGACCAGGUCACGUCCAGGCAGUUCGAGCUCUCGGAGUUGUUGAAGCAGCGCAUGUCGGCAAUCGACAUGCUGCUGGAACUUCCGUCCGACCUCCAGCAGCAAAAGCCAGAUUGUCCACCUCCUCAUAUAGCAUUGCAGGAUGAAGCAGAGUGGUGGAGACAGCGAAUCUCAGAACUGUCGAAGCCAGCACCUAGAGAAGACAUCAAAGAGGUCAGUCCUCGAGAUGGAACUUGGGAAGCUCCCAAAAUAUCAUGGUCAAGAGGGCGAAGCUUUGUUCGCGCUGGACAUCAGCCUGUUCCUGCGCCACCAGGACACAAGCCGAAGGCUGUGGGAUGGGAAGAGCGCUUGCCGAAAAGCGCUUCGCUCGACAGGCUUACGGAGGUGCCACUUAGUGAUGCCAACGUAGAGGUCUACGACCUUCGUGGCCGUGCCGGCAUCACUGAUGCCGUUCUCCUGCCAGAUGCAAGAUCACUGGAGGACCCUUUUGCCAUCAAGCGACUCGAAGACACGAUGAGCGUGGUCGCCUUGGGCUCGCGAGCAGUGUUGAAAAUCGCGGGCUUCGCACAAGCAAACGAGAUCCAGGUAGCUCCCCGCCUGAGCACGGAACUGCCCGUCGCGGCCAAGUUCAUUGCCAAGAGCUUAGUGACCAAGUGCCGUGAUGUGCCGUGCAGAGCUAUGGCUCCACGAUAUUCGGACAACUACCGCUUCCUCAAGCAAAGGCAGUUGCAGGAGAAGGCCAUGAACACCGCAGCAAGGAGUUGCGCAGAUCAGAUCAAUCUGACCACACAAGACCAGACUUGCCUGGUCCCCGGCCAGUACCGGUGCGGAGUUGGUGUGUUGCUUGGUGCUGUGGCGUCUUUGGUCGCCGACUGGUCCCAAGAUGCGGAUAUCAAUCGAGAGCAAAUGCGGUCUUCCAACGAGCCUGAGGCAUGCUUUGGGCAGUGGGCAAAGCCAUCCCUCCUGCAGACGGAAAAUGUCGAGCUCAACCGCACAAUGCAACAGAAGGAAAUCUCGGAGAAGGUCCUGCGGAACACCAACCACGAGAAGAGGCAGCUUCAGGAUUUUCGGGAAAGACUGGAGGCAGAAGCAGCAGGCCUGCUGGUUGCUGACAAUGUUGCGUCCGAGCGGCAAGGUCCGUUCACAUACUACCAGAGGCACAGUCCUGAAGGCUACUUGCUUUUCUGCCGAAUACCUAUUGGAAGCGAUCAGGUUGAAGAGGUCCUGCUUGACACGGGCAAGCUCGCUGAAGGAGAGAGCUACGUAGACGUUACCGCCUGCAAGGUGUCUGAUGAUCAUAGCCUGCUGGCGUACAUCGUGGAUUUACACGGCGAUGAUACAUUCGAGUUGCGGCUACGCAGACUUGACAAGGACUCCCAAGCUGCAAAGGAGGCACGUUUUCCAGACAUCCGCAGCGUGGAAUUUCUGCAACAUCGUUCUGAUCUUGGUGAGGUAAGCCUUCUGGCUGUGCAAGUAGACCCGACAACCAAGCGAGCAUAUCAAGCGUUACACUUGACAGUGCGUGCGACGGGUGACCAAUCCUGCAAGAAGCUGUGGGAGGAGACCGAUGCAGCCGCAUACCUGGAAUUGUAUCGGACUAAGGACCGGGCAUUUAUUCUGGUUUCGUCGAAUACGAAGGACACUUCAGAGGUUCGUCUGGCUAAAUGUGGAUGGUUCGAGGGUGACCUCAUCCUUAAGCCGUUGCUUGCAAAGACAGCUGGUGUGGAGUACUUUGCUGAGCAUCGGGACGGCUGGCUUUAUGUUGUCAGCAAUCAUGAAAGGCCGGACUUUAUGGUCUAUCGAGCUUCUGUCGACGAGAUUGAGAGAACAGAGGGUGCAUGGUCGUGCCUGGAGCCAGUUUUCAGGCCCCCGGGCAAGUUUCACGUAACUGAUGCUGACCUGCUGAGUAGAUGGCUGGUGCUUUACGGGCAUGAGGCUGCUGCACCGAGAAUAUGUGUAGUUUCGUUGUCUGAAGACCGAAGCCUGUCCGGCAAUUUGCAUUCUUAUCUGGUCAACCUGCCGGAAAUCGGAUCCGUGGAGCCAGGCAUCAAUGCUGAGGCAAAUGCGGAUCUUAUUCAAUACACCUUCAGAUCUCCGGUGGAGCCCGGUUGUACCUUCGAGUUGGAUUUGGCCAGUGGGCUCACCAAGAUUGUAAGCAGGUGCACGGUCAACCACCCAGAGCUGUUGCAAUCCCUGCAGUGUGAACGGGUGGAGCUUCCUAGCAGAGAUGGAACAAUUAUUCCUAUCACCCUCGUACGGCAACCCUCAAACGCUGCAGGUAAUCCGGGGAUGCUUCCUUGUUUGCUCCAGGUAUAUGGAUCCUAUGGCACUUGUUUCUCACCCGACUUUAGAUCAGAGCACAUAGCUCUUCUACGACGCGGCUGGGCGCUGGCUUGGGCUCACGUCCGCGGAGGUGGCGAGAACGGACGAGAGUGGCACCAAAGUGGACGACAAUUCAAUAAACAAAACUCCGUGCUCGAUUUGGUAGAUUCCAUGAAAUAUCUGCUCGCUCAUGGAAUUGCAACACCUGGAGCUUUGUGCUUGAAAGGGUCGAGCGCUGGUGGGCUGACUGUGGGCGCGCUUUUGAAUUCGCACGCGGAUGCCGUUCUUGUAGGGGCCGCCAUACUGGAGGUUCCCUUCGUGGACACUCUAACGAGCAUGAUGGACUCAACACUGCCCCUGACUGUACAUGAGUUUGAGGAAUGGGGAGAUCCUCAGGACAUAGAGCAUGAAGCGAACAUUCGCUCGCUGUCCCCUUUCGAGAGGGCAGAGGCGGGGCGUUGGGCGUCGGCCCUCUUGGCAUCGGUCAAUCUUGAACUUCGCCAAAAGCGUGAGCCAGAGCUGAGAGUGGCAGCCGCCGCCGCAGCUCCGAUGGAGCGCAACGAGGAAUUCAGCCGACAAGUGAGCUUCUUGCACAAUGAUCUGGCAGGUAAUAAGGAGCAGCUGAUGGAAACCAUAUCCGGCUUCACGGAGGAACAGCUGAAGGAGAUCUCCUCGUCAAAUCGGUCGCAGCAGGCGGAGGUGGAAUCUUUGAGGAUGCACUUGGAGAAGCUCGGCGAGUCGAAGAAGGUGCACAAGGCUAGGCAAAUGUGGCAAGCGCCUCCUUGCGCCGCUGCUCAGCUCGCCGAAGCUCGCGCGCGUACUGGAGCCGGCGCUGGCCCGGAAGCGCAGGUGCAUCAGCUGAAGGACGAACGUGAUAUGCUCAAGGCUCACCUGGACAGAGACAAGAUGGGCAAGUGGGCCCGCUUGGAGGAGCUCAGCUCCAACACUGCCACGGUCCAGCAUGACCAGCAAGAGCAGGUUCAAAUGAAACAGGCCGAGGCUGCCCAGAACGGGUCCUCCGAUGGGCAGAAGGAGCUCCAACGGCACAAGCAGACACUGCAGAGCAUUUCCGAAGAAAGGAACAGACUUGCAGCUCGCAUGGACAGUGCACUCAAUGUUGCAGAGAAGGAGAAGGCAUACCAUGAGCAGUCGGUCGAGCGCGUGACCACAGCGAAUGCCAGACUGAUGGAGGAGCGAGAUCGAAUUUCAAAGGAAGUUGAACGUUUAUCUUCUCUGUACGCCGAGUCUGUCCGCCAGCUGCAAGCCAGUCUUGCGGAUGCUCAGUCUGGCAAAUUCGAGUCUGACGCUGGCCAGACUGACCCUGCUGAGGUGGCUCUGUUGAGGUCUGAAGCAGAGGAUUUGGAUGCGAUGCUGCGUGAGAGGGAUGAGGAGAACGAUGCGCUGAAGACGCGCAUCCGGAAACUUGCAGUAUCGUGA